CCUUUCGAAACUAUUGGCUUCUGUUAUUCGGUAGUGUUAGUUAGGUGAUUGUCUUGCGAAGAAAAUUUGGACAUUCUUGUGUGUACAAGCUAAACAUAUAAGCAAUCAUGUUGAGGUCACGUCUCAUUAGUGUGCCGAAAACUAUUAAACGUAACAUUAGCACCAACGUUCCUGCUUUGCAGAAAGCAGUUGAUCCUAUACAGCAGCUCUUCGUUGACAAACUUCGGCAAUAUAAAUCAAAAAGCGUAGAUGGGAAAUUAGUUGAUCCCAGUCCGAAUAUUAUAAGAGAACGAGAUUCUGAAUUAGAAAAACUUAACACGCAAUAUGGUGGUGGUCCAGGAGUAGAUAUGACUCAAUUUCCUCAGUUUAAAUUUGUUGAUCCACCUGUAGAUACGGGUAUUAAACCUGUAGAUAUGGGUAAAAAAUGAACAUGUAUGUAUCAAUAUAUAUCAUAGAACAUUCAUGUACUGUUGAACUAUUAAAUAUUAAGUAAGUCAUCUUAAAAAUAUAUAUAGCUGUAAAUUAUAA